UUGCCUACGGAAGUCUGGGACAUCGAUGGUGUUAUCAAUCAGCUCCUCGGAUGCUGCGUGAUUUGCUGUGCUUUUCCACCGCCACGCUUUUCAACCCAGUCAGAAAGGCAGAUGUGCUAGGGUGGUAGAGGGUCUUGGCUCAGAGUUGGGAUGGGUGGGAAAUUGAAUAGAUGGGGCUCCAGUGUCAGUGUUAUGUUGAUUAUUAACUGUGCAGACAUGCAAACCCAAAUGUCUCAAAAAUCAAGAAACAAACUCUUAACAACCAAAACAUUUGUUAUAAACAUCAGAAGUUGCUACUUUAUAUACAUAAACCAAUAACGACUCUCGCUCUUCCCAACUUAUUUCCUUCCGAGCAAAAAUGACCCAGAAGUUUGGUGACUACGUUUACCAUGAACGCAGUGCCUCUUUGUGCGAUGAUUCAGAGGUAAGCAAUGGAUCCACAGCAGCAGGGGGACGUUUCUGGAUAAUGUUAGGUCCUCCCCACUUACUUGCUCUAUUGCAGAUAAACCUCACGCAGCAACUCUCUGAACUCCUGCCAAUUGCAGCAACUCGGAGGUGAUGUCAGCGAGCUGGACACAGUGUUCUCAUUGGGUGUAGCCAGCGCAGCGCUCGGUGCUGCUGUAAGGAUGUGUUGACUGUGAUACUGGGGCGGUGCUGUGAGUCUCUGCUCCCUAUCACACCGGGUGGUGCUGUGAGUCUGCUCCCUGUUACACUGGGCGGUGUUGUUUCGACGUGAGAGCAUCGGAGCGAAGCGAAAUCCGGCUGAAAUUAGACUCAACUUUCUGUCGAAUGCAGAGUCUACGCCACUAUCAAACACACGGGCAGAGAUGGAAGAGUUUCUGCAAUAUACCAAAUCCAUUCUGAUGAAUGGAAAUGACCUGCCUAGAGUUCAUGCUGUACUUGGUGACAACAAAUGUGAUCUGGAUUCUGCUGUUUCAACUUUAGCCUAUGCUUAUUUCCUUUAUAAGACCCAAUCAACUGAUGAUCUUUAUGUGCCUGUUCUGAAUAUACAACGUUCGGAAUUUCCUCUUCGCACUGAAGUUGUGUUCGUCUUACAACAACUGAAUAUUUCAGAUGAAUCUUUAAUAUUCAGAGAUGAAAUUGACCUCCAUUUCUUAAACAGAGAAGGGAAGCUGACUUUAACACUAGUUAAUCAUAAUAUGCUAAUGAGUGAUGACAAAGCACUUGAAACAGCUGUUAUCAAAAUAAUCGAUCACCAUGACCACCAUGAACAAGAACGAUUCCAUUCUACUCAGUGUGAAAUUAUCCUGGAGCCAGUUGGAUCCUGCAGCACCCUAAUAGUUUCAGAAAUUCUUCAAGAAACUCCAGAGUUGCUGAAUGAGCAAUUAACACAUCUUUUCAGAGGUGCAAUCAUCUUAGACUGCAUGAAUAUGACCUCUGAAGCUGGAAAAGUAACUUUGAAGGAUGAAGAAAUUUUAGCUGCUCUGGAACACAGGUUUCCGGAUCUUCCUGCACAACAAGAGAUUUUUGACAUGUUGCAGCAAGCAAAAUUUGAUGUCUCUGGUUUUAAUACUGAACAGGUUUUGCUGAGAGAUCUUAAGGAGCUGUCAGAAGGAGAUACAAAACUUGCAAUUAGUACUGUGUGUAUGACCCUGGAGGCCUUUCUAUCUCGUCCAAAUGUUGUUGAUGAUUUAAAAGUAUUUACUGGAAGGCAUGGUUAUGACAUUCUUGUCUUGAUGACUUUCUUCCUAAAUGAUGGUGGUGAAGCAAUUCAGCAAGUUGCCAUCUACACUGACAAUGAUGAACUAUGCAACAGAAUAUGCAAUACAUUAGAAGAGUGUCAGAAUCCAUGUCUUCAGCUAUUGCCCAUAGAAAAUGGGUUGCAGGAAAUCAGAGCAUAUCAGCAAGGAAGCUCUUCAGUUUCAUGCAAACAAAUGCUUCCACUGAUAAAAGAAUGUAUCCAUAGGCGACAACAAGAAAUGGUAAUGAACAGGAGAACUUCUUCCACUGAAGCUGUCAAUGGCAGUGCUCCAGUUUCAGAAGGAUCAUCUGGUGCUUUAGACUUAUCUGGUCCUGAUAUAGAUUCCCAGAACACUGAAUAUAUUGGUGACAAUUUAUUGGAAAAUUCUCAGAAUUUGAACUCUUCAUUGCAGGCUCAUGGUGAUGGCAAUUUAGAUCUAAUGAGUCCAGACAGUGGGUUAGCCACUAUCCGAAGCAAUCGGUCAUCUAAAGAAAGUUCUGUUUUUCUCAGUGAUGAAAGCCCGAUACGAGAAGCCAUUGUACCGCCCUCUAGUGUUAUACAUGGAUAUGAUAUGUUUAGUUCACUGCCUGAAGGUGAAUUAGCUGAGGAAAAGAUACCUUCAGUCAUCCAUGUGAAUGAUAAUUUUGAUUUGUCUGUCCUUGAUCCAUCACAUUGCAGUAACACUAAUGCUGAUGUUAUAGGAAAUAAUGAAGAGUUUUUGAUGAUUGCCAGCUUGUCAAAGUUAGAUUCCACCCCUCAAAAAAAUAUUGUGGAAGAUGUUCCACUAAGUUGUAAUUGGCCUGAGCCUUCUCCUAAUAUGUCAGAAGAAACCAGUCCAGAAGCUAACCUGGUAAAAGUAAAGGAUGUUCAUGUUUCCAAACAAGGAAGUGCCGGUAAUAAAUCAGGAGAAGAUCAAAUGUUGCAGGUUGUUAGAUCCCAUGCAGCUAAUAUUUCUUUACUUUCUCAAAAUCUUUCUAAUGAUGUAAUUGGAUCACAAAUUGAAGAUAAGAAUGUCCCCCCAACACCCAUGAACAGUCUUGUAGAUGGUUCUCCCCUGGAUGAAGGACCUCAUAAUAUUUUUGCAGAAGAUGUAAUUGAGAAAAUGAACGAAAUUGCUAUUCUUGACUCUGAUCAGUCAGAUUCUAUACAUACUGGAAAACAGAAAGAAUUUGAAAUUUGUAUGAAACAGGAUGCGCCAGGCCCAAAGGAUGUCUGGAAUGAAAACCAAAAAAAACUAAAUGUACUUGUGCAAUCUCCUGAUUUUUGGACAAAUUUUGAUCAGGAAUUCACUCAAUCAGAUUUUACACAUGGUGAUAUCUGGAGUCAAAUUGAUAGCCAAUCUCAACAAUCAGUUAUGAAAAAUAUUGAUGAUCAGUGGAAUAUAACCGAACCAAGCAUUUUCCAAUCAACCUCUGCUAAAUCAAACGUACAUGAUGAAUUAGACAAAACUCAAAUGAUCUCAAACACUUCUAAUAACGGGAGCAAAUCUAUGACAGAAGAAGAUUUGUCAGGUGUCGAUAAUAUAGAUCCUUGUUACAAAUUUGCAACCAAAAAUUUAAUAGUACACGAAUCGCUAAACACAACAACACUACCAGUUCAACAGGACAAACAGCAAGGUAUAGACAGUUCACAUAUAGGUUCUGAACAGAAACAGUGUACAGCAGCAGUAGCAAAUACAGUUAUUUGGAAUGUACCAGUGCAUGAAGUUAUAAGACCUAAUGAAAAAUUUUCAGAUAUUUCAAAGAAUUUCGAGCAGAAAAUCCAACAAUCAAACACUGAAAGCCCAGAGUCUAUACAGGAUUCUCAACUAUUUUCAUCACAAAUGCCUACAAUAUUAAAUGAUUCUGAACAGGAGAUUAGUUUACCAGUUGCUGUAAAUUCAAUUAUAGGGAAUGAAUCUACAAAUAAAACGCAAGUAACAGGUGAAAGUUUCGAUGCAUGGACUACAUUUGACCUUGAACCUAACAACCUAACUUCUGAAAGUGAAAAAUUAAGGAUUGCAAAAGAUGUCCCUCUGACUGCACACAAGCAUGAUCUAGAGUUUAGUCCUGAAAAGGAGAAAAGGCAGCUAACCUUUGAAAAUACAGAUGUACGGGAUGACCACUUCCAGAAAAAUAAUGUUGAAAUAUGGAAUAUUGGUCAGCAUGAUUCCAACAGCUCACUAUUGAGUAAUCCUAAUCUAUUGAGUAAGCAAGUAAACAGCAUUAAUCAGUCAAGUCAAGAAGGGAAUGAAAUAGAGCAAGCUAUUCCUCAGCCACUAUUAGAAACUACCAUUCCAAUCACUGAAUAUGUGCAGGAAGGACAGCAAGCUCCAAUUAUUCAUAAUCAGGCAGCAUUUGAAGUGGUAGAGUCUUUGAACCCAGGUGAAAGCAAACAAGCAUCUCCAAAUGCUUCAGUUAUAUGGAAUGAAUUUGAACAUUGCAGCAACUCACCUUUUGAAAGUCUAGAUGGAAGUGGUAAAUAUCUUGAGAAGACUAGUCUGCAAAGUGCAAAAAAAACUUUAGAUAAAAUUGAAAGUUCAGAUCUGAGAACUAGAUAUUCUACAACUGAAAAUUCAUACACAGAGGACAGAUGUAUCCAAGAGAGCAGCCACCUUUCAACAGGGAUACACUCUCCAUGGAAUGUUUUUGAAGAGGAUGUUAAUAAAUCUAUGUUCAUAAGUCAACAAUUCCAGUUCAAUCAAGUACAGGAGGUUAGUCAGCCCACUGCAAGUCACCCCAACAUUGGCCAUCAUUCUGAAACUGAAGGCAGUUUACCAGAUUAUAAAAUUAAUAAAUUCUGCAGAUCUUCUGAAUUUGAAAUGGUAGAGACAGACAAUCAGCAAACUUCUUCAGCUCCUCAGACAUGGAAUCAGGAAGGUUCUGAGCUGAAUGAAAAAUUUUCAAAUUCACAGAGCAAAUGUGAAGAAUUUUCUUAUUCUGACCUAGAAGAAAACUGGGAAACAUCUGGACAGCAAAGAGAACAGCCAGUGGUCAACAUUUCUGAUACACAUUGUAAAGAACAGGAUAGUCAGUUGUUAACCUCUGAAAUACCACAAGACUAUCCAGCAGGCACUGAUAUCAAUAGACAACCAAUGGAAGAAGACAAAUUACAAGUUGUAAAGAAUUCUGAUCAUUAUAAUGAUUCUGAGUUUGAAUUUAUCCAGGCAACUACCGAUUUCCCUGUUUUGAAUAGAUUUGAACAAGAGCAAUCGAAUGCACUUGAUUCUAACAAACCUGUAGAAUGUGAGUAUAACCGUACUUACACUGAAAUUCCUGACACUUGGACAGACUCAAAAUUUGACUUUCCUGAGUUGCUUCCCACUUGUAAUGAUGCAUAUAGUGAAUUUGAACAGGAGUUAGUCAAACAAGAUGAAAAUAUUCCUGAUAUUGUCAAUGACUAUCAUCAAGAUGCAAAUCAGAUUUCUUCAGUAAAUCCUGAUUUAUGGGCUAAAUCUGAUCACUUGUUUUUUGAAUCAACUACUGUAAAUCCUGAUAUUCUGAAUGAUCAUGAGUUAGAUUCCAGCCAAUCAACUUCAAACAGCCCUGAUAGAUGGAGUGAAUUGAUUGAGACAGAAAAGCAAGAACUGGGGAAUCCAGAUAUGUGGAUGGAGUCAGAAGGAAAACCUGCUGAACUCAAGACUGAACUUCCUGAUAUAAUGGAUGUAGCUGGACAGCAGUCAUGGCUGUCAAUGUCAGACAGUGUUGCUUCAUGUGUAUUAGCUGAACCAGCUGUUUAUGAUCAGUAUCAGUAUGUACAUAAUGAAUUGGUGCAACAAGCAAGCCAUUCACCCUUAGUUGCUGCGGAUGCGCAGUCCUGUAAAAUACAGUUAAACAACCAGCAGGAAAUGAAAUAUGCUGAUGGUUGCACUGAAUCAAGAGAAGAGUUUGUUACAGCAAAACAAACGUUCAAUAAAAAUAAAGACCUGACCGAAUUAACUCAAACUAUGUUUGAUUUUGUACAAGAAGAUAAACAACAUACUUUUGUUAGUCCUGAUGCUUGGAUUCAGUUAGAAGAAGAAGCUGCUGAAGCAACCAGAAAAGAUCCAGAUUCACAGGUUAAAUAUCAAGAGCGAAUACAUUAUUAUGAUUUAGCAAAUCAUAAAUUUACAGAGUAUAGGGACACUGUAACUCAUCAAGAAAAUUUGCAACAUCUUGAUACCAGGAAUCCAAUGGAAGAGAUUUCUGUUACUGUGGAUAGCGUAUUACUUUGUGAAAAUGACAUUUCAUGGGGCGAAACUAAAAAGUUUGAACUCUCAGGUGCUGAAAACAAUGAAAACAAAAAAGCACAUGAUAUGCCAUCUGUAACUCUACAGGACAAAAGCUUAAAUUCAUUCUUGCCAGCUAAAGAGCAAGAGGGCAGUGUUUUAGAAGAUAAAUCUUCAAAUCUUUACCGAGACAACAAUGCAGCCAGGAAAACUGAUGAGAAAAGAGAAAAUGAAUGCCUUUUUUCAAAAUCCAGAUAUGCAGAUGACUAUUUUACUUCUGCUACUUCUAGCUAUAGCCUAGAUAGAGAGAUACAUGAUCCAGGAAUGAUGGAAUACUUCUCUGUAUCAGAAGAAAAUAUUUUGAAUAUGGAACCACUGGAAGAUUUUUCUCAGGCAGUAACAGAAGCUAUUCAUUUGAAUGAUAGUAUUUCAUCUGUAAGUAUCAGUGGUUCUAAUACCAUUAAGGAUGAGUUGGUUAUGGCACAGGAAGCAUCUAAAAUUGGUGAUGAGGGGUCUCAACCAGCUGGUCCUGAAUAUCAAAGUUGUAAUAGAGAAACUAACUCAGACGUAUUUGAAGAUUCAUUUGUCCAUGGUGCUUGUGAAUCUGUAAGGCAGCCUGAUUCACUAAAAACUUCCACCGACGUUAUCGGAGAGAGAAAUAUAUUUCCACCAGCAGCUGAUAUAGUAGCACAGCCUAACAUUGAUAUGCUAAACCAAAGUAAUAUUGAAACAGAGCAAGAGGUACAUAAUGUUGUAGAAAGUGCAUGGCUUUCAUUUGGAAAUACAGAUAUUAGCAGUAACAGCAACGAGACAUCUUCUAGUUUAUCAUCUAGUAUCCAUAAAUCAGACUUUUGGGAAGAUCUUAGUCCCCAGGAUUGUAGUAUAGUUGCUGACGAAUUUUCACAUGUUUCUGUUUUAGAGAGUACUGUUGCAACAGAGAAGCAUAAGGAGAUGAUAGGAAGUGAAGUAAGAGUGGAAACUGCGCAACAAUUGUCAGAACUCUACGGCAAAAGCGGAGUUCCCCUUUUGGAACAAAGAUUUGAUAACCAGUGCAGUUCCUUGGUUUAUUCGCUCAACACUCCAGUUUCCUCAAUUGAGAUUGGUAACGGUUCGCCAGAAGUUGACAAAGUUGGUAAAUGCCAAACCAAGGUGAACUCAAGUGAACUUGAUAUUAAUGACAUCAGAAUAACGUCUGAUAAAGACCAUGACACAGGAGAAAUGGAUUAUAUAAUUGUAGCUGGAAAUAAAAGACCUUGUGAAGAAGUGUCGAGUAGCCAGCAAACUAAAAAUCUAGCCAUAGAUCUGAAUGCAGAUAUUAUAAAAACGGAUUUUGAAGAUAAUUUUUCAACAUUUCCUUCAGUUACUAUUCAACCAAGAAUCAGUGGAAAUGAAAUGAGUGACUUGGAGAAAUUUUCUGAUAGCUUAUCUUCAACAUGCAAUGCCACUGCUGCCCAACUUCUAGGCAAUAAAGACCAAAAUCAAGGUGGGGCACAUUUGGAUGAGAAGCCAACUAAAGAUCAGAAUAAAAAAUUAGUGGAUGUAAGUGAACUGUUGGACACCGCACCUGAGGAAUAUCCUAGUAGAAGAAAAAUGAGAGAAUCUGGUUCAGAACAUUCAAUUAAAGAGCUAAAGACAAUGAACCUUGUUUCUAAUGAAACCGGUGUGAAUAACACUAAAGAAUCUGAGAUUGGCUAUGACACCAUGCAUCACAUAUCUCCAGAAAUGAAUGUUACAAUAUAUACAAAAAGAACUGUAUCUACAGAUGAGCUAAGCAACAGUGAAACUGAGAGCACUGCAUCCCAGUUCUCUGUGAGGGAGGCCAACGUUUCACAUGAAGAUUUAAGUGAAAGCGAAAAUGUGGCAGAACAGAUUUAUCCCAACCCAUCUGCAACUGAAUGUUGUACUUCAGUGGGAAAAGAGAUAAGGAGGGAAGAGAUUAUUUUAAUUGAACAGGGAGAUUCGACUAAAGUGAGUUCCUUGAGCUCUGUACAAGAGUAUGCACUUCAGAACUCUGCAGCAAUGGCACAAGAUUCUCUUCAGGAACACCUGACUGAAGUAAAGGAAAACAGGUUGUAUGAAGAAUAUACAAGAUCAGUGCCAGAGGAUGUGGGAAUGGACAUUCCCUUUGGUGAGGGUGUGCUAAGUCCCUUAGCUGAAGACAGCAGACCUGCACCACCUAAUUCCCUUGACCUCAAUGGAAUCCACCAAGGGAAGAAAAAGCUUACAGCUCCUGAUAUCAGCCUUUCACUUGACCAGAGCGAAGGGUCAGUCCUGUCUGAUGAUAAUCUUGAUACCCCAGAUGAUCUUGACAUCAAUGUCGAUGACCUUGAAACCCCCGAUGAGGCGGAUUCUCUUGAAUACUCAGGGCACGGUAACGAACUGGAGUGGGAAGAUGAAACACCCAGUGCCACUCAUAUUGGAAAAGAAGUGGUAGAACCUAUACCAGAAUAUACUGCUGAAGAAGAACGCACAGAUAAUCGGUUAUGGAGAACUGUUGUCAUUGGGGAACAAGAACAUAGGAUUGACAUGAAGGCUAUUGAACCUUACCGAAGAGUUGUCUCUCAUGGGGGCUACUAUAGUGACGGACUCAAUGCCAUCAUUGUGUUUGCAGCAUGUUUCCUGCCAGAGAGCAGUCGACCUGACUAUAAUUAUAUUAUGGAAAAUCUCUUUUUGUAUGUGAUCAGUACCUUAGAACUCUUGGUAGCUGAGGACUACAUGAUCAUUUAUCUAAAUGGAGCUACUCCACGGCGAAAAAUGCCAGGUUUUAGCUGGAUGAAAAGGUGCUAUCAAAUGAUUGACAGAAGGUUGAGGAAGAAUCUGAAAUCAUUUAUAAUUGUGCAUCCAUCAUGGUUUAUCAGGACGAUCCUUGCAGUCACUCGGCCAUUCAUUAGUUCAAAAUUCAGCAGUAAGGUGAGAUAUGUCAGUAGCCUGGCUGAGCUGGAGGAACUCAUCCCCAUGCAGCAUGUUCAGAUUCCAGACACUAUCAAAAAGUAUGAAGAAGAAAAGUGUAUAAAAAGAAGGAUGAGGUUGGAUGAAGAACUAAGAGAAGCAUCAGAAGCGGCAAAAGCUAGCAGACUGUCAAGUGAAUCCAAAACACCUUCAGGGGAACAGCAAGUUGAAACAGCACUCGAUAAAUCUAUGGAAUACCAGUGAACACUUACAGUUUUAGUUUCUGACUAGCAACUGAACCAGUUAUCUUCCUUCAUUAAUUCUUGACUUAACUGUUUAUGUGUUGGUUGUUCAUGUUUAUUUUAUGAAGUGUUAUUCUGUGAGUCAUGCAUUGGAACAGUUGUGCCUGUGAAUAGAAUGUCAAAUGAUAUUGUAAUAAGUGGCAAUAAUUUACAUAUAGUUCAAGACUGUAAUUUCAAACUAAUUAUCAAUCAGAAGCACUGCAUUAGCAUUGCCAUAUUUAGAGGAAAUUUCCAAGUGUCAAAUUGCCUCUUUUCUUCCUGCCUUUUUCCAGUGAGCAGUAAAAUGAUCACCACUUUUUGACAUUUUUGCAUCCAAUCAUGACUAGAGAAAGCAUAUGAUGUGAGAUUUAUUUGGAAUAUCUUUUCCUGCUUUGCAAAGGAAUGCAAGAGAAAAAUAAGUUCUUUAUUUCAAAUUUCAAAAUGCUUUUAUUAAAUUCUUGAAAGGCAACUUUAGUUUGAGCUAUUCUGACAUAGAUAAACCAUGAAAUGGCCAUUUUGAAUGUUUCCAGUUUUACAUUUCACAAGUGGAGAUGACUUAUUUUCAACUGAUUCUGUUCUGGAAAGAAGGAAACUUACCCUCGAGAAGCAUUUUAAAAACUUAUUAAAAAAUUCUCAGUGCUGCUGUCUGUUUCAUUUAACAGAUUGGAGUCUCCUGUAUUAUCCAUACCAUUUCCUGAUCACUUGAAGGAGGUUCAUAUCUGGCCAUAAGUCCUCCAUACUUGUGCAUUGAGAGCUGAUGAACUGGUAUUUUAAUCAGAGAUGGCAUUAUUAAGAAAACUCUCAUACUGAAUUCCCUCACAAAGCCAGUAGUUCCAAGCAAAUUAUCUUCUUUCUGUACUAGCCAUUUUUCAAUUAGAUCAUACACUCUAACACUAGUAAUCCCUUCCCAAUGUUGUGUAGUUACCAAAAUAUAUUUAUUACUGUAUUGUGACUAAAUGCACACUUUUAAACAAUUGAAAAGAGAAACAACUUUGUAAUGUUAGAAACCUUCCUUCCUGACCUUUUUUCAUCCUUUGUUUUUCUGUUCGAAAGCAUUCCUAAAAGGAAAAAAAAGCUUUCUAUUUUAAGUUCCCUUCCAAGAGACAUUGGACAUGCAUCUCUCUUCUUUCAGCAUCACUAGCUGAAAAUCCUGGGGUACCCUAUUUAACAGCACCGUGCUGUGGGCAUCUUUUUCCACACAAACUGCAGUAGUUCAAGAAGAAGGUGUGCCAUAUUUCAAAGGUGUGUGAGAAUGCACAAGAAUGCAUCAGCCCUGCUCAUGAUACUGACAUCCCGAGAAUAGCUUAAAAAAAAGUGACAAACUUGUCUGAUUUAUUCAUCUUUACCUUCAUUGUGAAUUUGUAUCUUUGGUAUGUACUAAAUUCAGAGCAAAACAUUCGUUAAUACGUUUGUAGAUUUAGUUUGUCAGAAUAUAUUGUCAUGUAAAAGUUUCAAUUCAGAAACCUCAGUUAAUGACAUCUAUCAGUCAGUUGUUAGAAUCCGCAGUACAAUUUUAAUUCCCUUUCUACAUAAUACACAACCAAGUGUGAUAAAUUACAGGCAAAGGGAUAUAUUCAAAAAUUGUUUCUUAGAAUUUGAUUCAUUUCAAUUUUAUUCUAUUUUUGCUUUAUUUUUAAAACAGUUUAAGGAUUUUACAAAAUAUGCACAUUUUAGUUGUAUAAUUCACUUAAUUCCAAGUCAUUUUAUUUUGAUUUUUACACUUUUCAUUAAUGUGUUACCUCUGCAAUAUAGAAUAGAGAUUUCCUUUAACAACAGUCAACCACGUAGAUAAUUACCAAGAAAAUCAGUGACUUCUAAAGUUAUAUUUUUGAAAAUGUUUUAUUUCCUAAAUCCUUACUUUAAUAAUGAGAAAAGCUUCAAUGCAAUAAUCUGUAACUUUAAAUGGUAAUUUUAGUGAACUUCGGUUGUAUAAUUUUUAAAGAAAAGAAUUACAUGAUGUAUUAUCUAUUUCUAACUUUAAUGACUCCUUUGGCCUUGAGUGUUCUUUAACUUUCAAAAAGAUUGACUGACUUCCAGGGUGAAUGAGCCAUAGUCAAUGUAAACCAAUAAUAUGUCAAUUAUGAAAAUUGUUGCAUUCAAAUUUAACAUUUGAUUAUUUUCUUAAUGACUAUAUAUAUAUAUAUAUAUAAUUUCUAAAAUUUCUGUAGUUCUGUUCUGCACUGAUCAAGCUUUCUACAAACCUACUUUAAAGAACAGCAAGAAGAAUGCAUUCUGUCUUGACAAGGCUUUAGGGCCCAUCUAGACUACAGUUUAUUGUUUUCAUGGGGAAAAUCACUGGCUAAUUCCGUGACCAAAUCACUUAACGUUUGAGUGCAUUGCCCCUUCUAUCAUUUGUUGUGGUUUCUCCUCCUGUCUCCCCGUUUCCUAGCAGCUUAUCUGCACAAAUCGUCCAGCAGCCAUUACUCACUGGUUUAUUUGUGUCAUUCAGCAGAUUUAAGGGGGAGCUUCCAAAACUUUUUUCCCCUCAGUUACCAAUCUGCUUACUUCGUGACAACUCCAUUCCAAUAACUAAAUAUUGAUGAUUUACAAAACUUGCAACUGAUAUGUAUUGAAAUAUUGAGUGCAUUCUGAAAAUUGUAAAGAGCUGUUUUCACUCGUAAAUUCUAGAUACUGUCACAUUUUGCCUUCCUAAAUUCAUGGUCAUUUGAUUAUUGUAAGUAAAAACAGUAUAAUUUUUUAUUGUAACAUGUUAAUGACAUUCUCUCAUCUAAGCAUUGUUAGAAAAUGCAAAGCAAUUAACACAUGCAAGUCCGAAAUUGCCCAUUACAUUUUCAGUUGUUUGUUUCCCUUUUAAAGGAUAGUUUAUGUAAAUGAUUUACAGCAUAGCUAAAUGAGACAACAAAUGGAUGAACUCACUUUUUUUUUAAAUAGGAUUUAAAAAUAAACUACCUAAAGUGACUGCCAAAAAGAUGAAGAUGUUUGUAAAAGGGCAUGUUUUUCCCUAUGUGACAGGCAGCAUAACAAUCUCCUACUUUCUGUGCCACAUUGACUGCACAGAAUUUCAAAUGGUUAAAUUUCAGAUCAUGGUCAAAUUGAGCAAUGCUAUUUCAAUGUGGAUUUGGACAUAGAUACUUUUGAAUCUAUGUAAAAUGCUAUAUAUGUAUAUAUAUAUUAUAUUAGGGAAUUUAAGAUGUCAAACAGUUAAAGAACAUGUGCAUGCUAGGGCAGAAGCUACAGCAUCACUAAAGGAGGAAUCAGUACCUUGUAGUAGUUAUAUCUGCUGCUCUGCCUAUUAUGUAAAACAAUGCCCUCUGCUAUUGUAUCCCUUCGGCAUUAUUACUUUGACAAAUUGGUGACCAUUCUUUACGUAAGAAUGUGGUGUGAAACUUUACAUAUUCUUAAAAUGUUAAUUUGCACUAUUAAAUGCUGUGAUAGCCUUUA